CGCACAUCUCACCACUGGUCAGCGCGGAGCGCUUGAGCCACCGGCCCACCGCCCACUAGACCCUGUCCCCAAUCACCCAGCCAUCUCAGCCAAUCUUUGCAAGGCAAGGCAAGGCCGCCGCCGCCGCCGAAGCCGCCGCCGCGAUGGGGAUGCUCAGCGCCAAGUCCGACUACGAGUGUCUCCGCGACGCCCGCAUCUCCGAGAACAUGGCCCGAAUGGAGAUGCUCGGCCUGCUCCGCUGCGCGGGGGAGCUCAGCGACAUCGCCUCCAGCCACCGCGCGGCCGGGAGCGCUACCCCCCGGAAUCGGAAGCCCCCCAGGCCGCGGGGAGCGAUGAGCAUGAUGACCCCGCUCCGCCGCUCCAGCCGCCUCGCCGCCGCGACGCCGACUGGAUCCACGUCGACGAACCGCCGCUCCGCCCGGUUGAACGGGCAGUCUGUUCAGCACAAGGCGCUGCCUCCCAAAGGAGCUUUGAGUAAGUUGGCGGCGGCAGCGGCGGAGGAGGCAGACGAUGACGAUGAGGAGGAGAAUCUGGAGUUGGUGGUGGACAAGAAGAGGGUGCCGGCGCUGCAGGAGAGACGAUGCGACAGCAAGGGAAGGGGAGGCGUGUACGACUCUGUUCUUGGGAUCUGCUGCCAUUUCUGCAGGCAGAAGAAAUUGUGCAGCGAGGAGGACUGCAAGCGCUGCGGGAAAGGUGAUCUGAAGCAGCCGUGCUUAGGAAAGACGGAGUGUUCAUCUUGUCAUUCUUCGAAUGGGAUACUCUGCCGUGCUUGCCUGAAAGUUAGGUACGGCGAAGAGAUGGAAGAGGUGAGGAAGAACAAGAAUUGGAUGUGCCCUCACUGCAUUGAGGAGAAGGGUAUCAAGAAGUUCUGGAUAUGCAACAGCUCCUUAUGCCUGAAGAAGAGGAAGAUACCACCAACUGGGAUUGCCAUAUACAAUGCAAGGGAACAAGGAUACGAGUCAGUUGCGCACCUUCUCAUGGACAGGCUGAAGCGACAAGCAUUCUGACAAUGACUGGUUUUCACAUGUUCAAUGCUUCAGUGAUUUAGUGACGAUGGUUGCGACUGUAGAUGUUUUCUGGCAGUUAAUCCUGUUACGACAAGUGUCUCUGUUGAAAUGGUACACUUUUGCGCCCAGGAAUGUGAAAUUAGGAGCUCUACCACUAGAAGUGUUUGCUGAAAUGGUACACUUUUGCGUCCAAGGAGCUAGAAAUUCUGUCACUGAGAUGUUUCAGAGAUCAGACAGUCACAAUGGGCAUUGUGAUGGGCCAAUGUCAACUUGUCUAUUUAUCGUAUCCGUGUUGUGUACUUGUGUUGAGGAAUAGAACAAGGACGAGCCGUGACUUGCUUACA